AGUGCGAUUUUCGGUAAUCGGUUCUGACGUUCUGACGGUUCUGAUUUUAUUUAUCCAAUUAGAAUUGCCGUGGAAUACGCCAGUGUUUAGUGCCAAUUGAUAGACCUAUUAGAAGUGAGGAGUCGAGCGAGUUGUGUUUUACGCAUCUGCCAAAGCGAGUAGAACAAAGUGGAAGUUUUAUCCAGUAAGAUUUAUGGUUUCGUGUGACUAAUCUACUGUGAGUGUGUACUGUGUUCUCGGAAUGCACUGAAGUAGAAGAUUGAGUGGAUUUAUUACACCGGUGAAAAUAAUUACUGCCUGUUAACGAAUCUGUAGCUGCUUAGACCCGACGGAAAAAGUGUGGCGUGAAGACGAAAACGGUCCGUGUUUUACUAAUUCAUGGUGAUAAAUGGUGCGUGUGUGGUCUGAAAUGUGAAAAUAUGCAGAGAAUUGCCCAUAGUUUGUGGUCAAAAUCUAGUAUUUGGUGGCUUUCGUCGAAGCAUUUGUGUAGUCAUUAGAGUGUGCGGCGGUCAGUGGUUGCAGGUUGCAGGAAACAUGGAUCCGGACGACUUGGUCACACUGCGGGUCCAGUACCUGGUGGAUAGUGAUCCAUUCAACAGUUUUGCCAUGUACCCGAUUCCGUCCCGGGCUCCAGCGUUCUCGUUCGUGGGCUCGGCACCGAUGGUGACGCAACUUGGCGCACUGCUGCGACAUCUGGGAGCACCGCAGAGGCUGGAUGAUGCAGCUCUGCAAGUGUACAAAGACGGCGAUUAUGGGGCCUACCUGGACCUGGAGUCGUCGCUUGCCGAGCAGUCCGAGGAGAUCGAAGGACUCAACGCUAGCCGCAAAAAUUCCCUCGUCGUCCGUACGCAGCUCAGCGUUCGAGUACACUCCAUUAUUGAAAAACUACUUUCCUCGGAGGGCCGCGAACUGCGCCGGGCUCUGUUUUCGCUGAAGCAAAUAUUCCAGGAGGAUAAAGACCUGGUUCAUGGUUUCGUGGCACUCGGCGGCCUGAAUUGUCUGGUGCAGAUCGGUAACGAAGCUGACCAGAACUAUCAAAACUACAUCCUUCGAGCGCUCGGGCAAGUCAUGCUGUACGUGGACGGCAUGAAUGGUGUGAUGAAACACUCGCCAACGCUCCAGUGGCUGUACUCGCUGAUCGCAUCCAAGUACCGGCUUGUGGUCAAAACUGCCCUCAAACUUCUGCUGGUUUUUGUAGAAUAUUGUGAGGGCAAUUGCUACCUCAUGGUCAGCGCCAUCCGGUUUAUCGAUACAGCGCGGGGCGUGGUGCCGUGGAAUAAUAUUAUGAGACUGCUCAAAGACUAUGAGAAUGCCGAUACUGAGCUUCUCAUCUACGCCACAUCGUUAGUCAACAAAACGUUGUCCGGAUUGAGUGAUCAGGAUAGUUUCUAUGAUGAAAGUGAUUUCUUGGAGCAGCAAGGCAUGGAGGGAAUCAUCCAGCGAUACAUGUCCAGACCGGGGACCGAUCUGGAUCUGCUAGACCAACUGCAGCUGUACGAAACAGUACUCCGAUUUGAGGAUGGCGAAACCGACGGUAUCCGAAUUCCGGACAACACUGUUCGAAAAACACUUCGCUACCGCUCGAACGAUACCAACGAUCGUCGCAAAUCCAGGAGACACAGCACAGGUACUGCUCCGAUGUCAGCGUCGCAACAGCCACCGCCGAUACCACCUCCACCACCACCACAGAUAUUAUACUCACUACCACCGAGUAUGCCUCCACCACCGCCUCCGCCAAUACCCCCUCCAGUUGCACCAGUGACGCUGUACGGACCACUGAAACUUCCAGGGCAGCAAGCACCAGAUGAGGAUAGUUCGAGCUCAGGUAAUUCAGCGGACCACACUCUAAACGGAUGUGGCUACAGGGAUGAUUCACGGGACACCACAGGUGUCACCCCAGGUCUGAGAAGACGACGAGAGCGUGCCGAACGGCAGAAGACUUUUAUGAGGGAACAACAGGAACUCAGUCAGUUCAAAGCUCAGGAAGAAACGAAUGGUCACGGUUACACGCUAACCCAAAGCCAUCAGCAAUCGCAACUGUUGGUACGUCUCCGGAAUGGACACGAACCACGCGGAAUAACACGGCUAAGCGGGGCUCAGCAACCGCCCACAAUCAGCGAGUACGACCCUUCAACGCGGGUAGCCAACCUAACUCAAUCUGUGAUCUAUAGUAAGCAUAACUGUACUAAUAAUAAUCAUACCGGAAUGAACGGCGAUCUCGCGCUGUCGGAUGGGACGAACGGAACCAGUCAGGAUUCGGUCGACUAUCGGAAUAGCAAAAAUCUGCUGCUUAGUAAACAAAACGGUGUAAGUAACGGACACUACGGCACUAGCAACGGCAAAAUCGAUGUCAACGGAAACAUGCCGAAUGGUAGAAAUGGCCUAUGCAGCAGUCCGGAAGAACUGGAUGAGAACGAGAGUCCAAACAUUAAGAUGAACGGAAACUAUGGGGAGAUGAAUGGAUAUGUAAAUGGAUAUGGAAAUCAUUUGAUCGGUUACCGACAGCAGCAGCAGCAGCAGCAGCAGCAAAACGGAAAGGACGACCUUAAGGUAAAAAGUAACGGUUAUGCAAAUGGUAAUGUAUCAACGAAUGGACAUCACGUGGAGCAGAAUGGGAAGCAGCCGGAGAUUUUAGCAGUGGAAUCGGACAAUGAGGACAAAAAGCUGAUACUGCAGCUGAAGAAGGAUCACACGGUGAAAGACCUAACGCAAAAGCUCAGUAGUCUGCCCCUAAGCCCCCAGGAGGACAAACCUCAGAACCGGAUCGGCGACAUGUCCGGUUUGAUUUCCAAAGCCAAGGAAGGGCUCGCCAAAAGCAAGAGCAACAAGGACAUCUCCCGUUCGCCCAGCGUGGACAGUGACAUCAAGAAGCUGGCAAGCGCCGAGCAGAAAAAAUCCGAAAACGAACUCCACUGGGAGGAAAUUGUGAAAAACAUGACACGGAAACUGAAUCUGUGUGACCUGGACUUUACCGAUCUCACGUCCGACGACGAUAAAGAUGUGCUUGCGCCUCGGGGCUUUGGCGGAGCCGUCCCACCGCCACCGCCACCCGGUGGCCUGAUGCAACCGGUCAAUGUUAUGCCACCGCCGCCGAACAUGAUGCGUCCUCCGCUCACCAAUCUGGUACCGCCGUCGUACACGCACGGCGGCAGUGGUCUAGCAAAUCCGGUAGGCAUGGCCAAUGGCGAUACCAACGGGAUGAAUACUAUUGUAAAAAAUAAAAAGACUGUGAAACUUUUCUGGAAGGAAGUUCGCGAGGACAUGAUUCCGACGGCGAUACAGCGUACCAUUUGGGACGAACUGCCGGAGGCCACCGUCGACACCCAGAAGCUGGAGCAUUUGUUCGAGUCCAGAGCCAAAGAUCUGAUGACAAAGAAGCAACAAGAGCUAAACAAAAACAAAGAAAUCAUCGUGCUCGACCACAAGCGGUCGAACGCAAUCAACAUUGCCAUGACGAAGCUGCCUCCCCCGAGGGCCAUCAAGGCGGCCAUCCUGAAGAUGGACGCCACGGUGGUCACCCGCGAAGGCAUCGAAAAGCUACUCAAUAUGCUGCCAACCGACGAGGAACGGUGCAAGAUUCAAGAAGCGCAAAUGCUCAAUCCAGAACUGCCACUCGGAACGGCUGAACAGUUCCUCCUGACGCUGUCCUCGAUAUCGGAGCUUGGAGCUCGACUGAAACUUUGGGCUUUCAAGCUGGACUUUGAGAACAUUGAAAAGGAAAUCGCCGAACCUCUGAUGGAUCUGAAGCAAGGCAUCGAGCUGCUGAAGAACAAUCUCACAUUUAAAUGUAUCCUAUCGACGCUACUGAAGAUCGGCAUCUUCCUCAAUGGAGCACCGGUUAAGGGGUUCCAAAUUGACUAUCUGGCCAAAGUACCUGAGGUGAAGGAUACCGUCCACAAGCACUCGCUAUUGCACCAUCUCUGCCACAUGGUCAUGGAAACACAAGCCAACACAACAGAUUUAUACUCGGAAAUUGGUCCUAUUACGCGUGCCUCGAAAGCAGAUUUCGGCGAGCUGGCCCACAAUGUCAACUAUUUGGAAACGGAAUGUAAAGCUUCCUGGGAUCGACUGAAACUGAUCAGUAAGCACGAUACGGCACCGCAUCUGAAGCAAAAGCUGAUCGACUUCCUGGCGGAUUGUGCCGAACGAAUCAUCAUCCUCAGCAUCGUUCACAGAAGAGUACUGAACCGGUACCGAAAAUUCCUAUUAUGGUUAGGAGUUCCUCAGCAUCGCAUCACUGAAUCUCGGCCAAAUGAAUUUUGUCGGAUAGUGUCGGAGUUUGCCCUCGAGUACCGCACCACGCGGGAACGCGUUCAGCAGCAGAUCGAAAAGAAGGCCAAUCACCGAGAGAGAAACAAGACUAGAGGCAAGUUGAUUGUCGAUGUAGGUAAAUUCAAAGGUACUCAGGAGGAUCGAGCCGAUGUUGAAUUGAGGACACUACUGGGAACACCAACCAAAGGACCGGCCGGUGAAGAGGUCGAGAUGAGUGGAACAUUGACCUGGCGGCGGAGACGGGGUGAUGCUACGGCCUCACCGGUAACUUUGAUGAACACCAGCGGACACAGUACGCUGAACAGUAGUUACACCGGUAUCAACCAUAGCCGAGACGAAAGCUUUACCGAUGGGGACGAUGAAAUCCUGGAAUCUCUUGUUAAAACGGCAACCAAAGCGGCUACUCCCCGACCAACGCAACGAGAGCGAAAGCGAACCCGCCAGGCAGAUCGGAAGUCCUUAAGACGAACGCUGAAGAACGGUUUAUCCGAGGAGGAGAAGCAACACGUGGCCUCGCUGAUAAAAGGCUAUUAGCGAAGCUCAUCGACCGGAGCCAAAUUUAGGACCAAUUAUCAACCCUUUCCCCUUUCUGAUGAGCGGAUGCAAUAGAAUUAGAGGAUUGCCAAAUGUUCCGGCAGUGUGAAGCAACGAAAAAGUGUGAUGAUGUCAAACAAUAAAUUCUGCUAAGGCAAGUUUAGGCUUAGAAACAAUACGGAAAUUAUCCUAAAAUGUGAUAGCAAAAAAACUGUUUGCUAAAUUUAUUAAAACAAACAAGCGGAAAACAAAACCUUCUAGGAACGUGCAAAUGGCCGGAUCGACUGCGUUUUUAAUUCAGGAACAAGAGGACGUAGCUGGAAGGGCGAAUCCAUGGAAUAGACUAGUCCAAAAUAAUUCAAUUUGCCCUAAUUUAAAAUCGCCCGUUCAACAAUCACUCCGGAUCGUUGUUGACGGAUCAGCACGCUAAUGAAAUGGCAAUUUAAUUAGGUAUCAUUCUCUCCUAACGAACAUUUAAACUGUUAUUUCAUACCGUAAGGGGGGAACUAACUUCAGUGAUGGCAGAAAAAGAUUUUAAAUGAAACGAAAGCAUUGUUAAAAUAGAUUCUCCAAAAAAAGAAAGAAGAUACAUACGAAUUCUCCUACGAAUCUAAAUCAUUUCAUGGAACCAGGAAAUGUAACAUUUCAAUUGUAGCAUAGCUGUAACUCAACUAUUCUAUAUAGAGUAUAACUUAUUGAUGAUAUAUCAAAGAACUACGCGGAAUAACUGACAUUUGGUCGAAUGACAUGAGAUUCAGAAAUGCAUCACAAUUCAGUUCAGUUAAGUUUCGACCAUCGGUCAUUCGACGAAAUGUCCCAAAGCCAAACUACACAAAU